AUUUCGAUUUAUUUUUUCUAAGUGUAUUACAAUUCUAUCGAUCUCGAAUAGUAGUCGUCAUGCCGUGUAUUGUUCCUACGUGCCUUCGCACCAGUAAAGCAAUGAGAUCAUUUCCCGACGAUCGGACACUCGCGGCCAGAUGGUUUGAAGCGAUCGAAAUUGGCUGCGGAUAUCCGGUGCAAUCUGUAAACGAUAUCCAACCGGAAAUAUGCAGUUCUCAUUUUCUAGCUUCUGCCAUAGAUAGCUACGAGGAACCGUCUGUAUUUGUGAAUCGUUAUAAAAUCUGUAAUAAAAUCAGCAGUUGCAGAGUCUGCUUAGCAUUCUAUCCUAGAAAGGAUAUGAUUUCUUUGGAGGGUAGUAUAGGCGAGAAAAAUAUUUCGGCUCUUCUUGAAUCGAUGGAUAUGGGCAUAAGCAAGGAUCACUUUCUUCAAUUGAUUUGUCUACCAUGUACUGCUCAUUUAGAUAUAUUAACAUCUCUUUACACAAAAUUCACCCAAUCGGAGCAGUUCUACCAAGAAUUAAUACAUAAAAGUCAAGACUAUAAUACUAAAAUAGAGACUUGCGUGAUGCGGGCGGACAGUUCGCAGGAAAAAGUAAUAAUGGAAAUUAAAGAAUUGGACCUUGUUGACAACCAGGAAAAUAGCAGCGAAGAAAGUAAACCAAAAAUGCGUCGUUCGAGUUCGCGCCUUAAACGAAGUAGGCCUCUUAAAAAAGAAAAUGCGAACAACAACAAUGAGAAAAAGACAAAGCGAUCAACAAAUCUGAAUAAAAAAUUGGAACGAUACUGUUAUAUUUGUAACACAUUCCAAACAGAUUGCAAUCAGUUGAUGGUCCAUCUAACCGAAACGCACACUUCCGAAGCGGGCUAUCGAUGUGAGGAAUGCUUUCUAGAUAUUCCAUUGCUAUCUGCGUAUAAUCGUCAUCUUAGCCGACAUGACGAGUCAGGACGGCCAAUUAAAUGCAGUAUCUGUUCUGUACGGUUUGUUUCUCAACUUCAGGUCAAGGUGCACGAAAAUAAAGUACACGGUGCAAAUCAUAACGUCAAGCAGCCGCAGAGUAAAACACGCCUUAUGGUAUGUGAUAAGUGUGGAGAUGUGUUCGAUAAACGUAACAUUAAAGUUCACAUGCAGCAGGUUCACCAAAUAGAAUGUCAACCAAAGUGUAAUAUUUGUAAUAAAAUUUUCACGGCAAAAGUAAGUCUCGAACGGCACAUGCUUCUACAUACGGACACGAAACCGUACAAUUGUGAAGAAUGCGGGGCCUCGUUUCGACGAUUACUUAAUUACCGGCAACAUAAAAGCAUGGUACACGAGGGAAUAAACCCACACGUUUGCUCCGAAUGCAACGAAGGCUUUAAAAACUAUCAGCAGCUUUAUGUCCACAAACAGAAAGUUCACGAUAAAAAACCUCCCCCAUCACAGCGCUAUCAACAAUAUGAACCCUGCAAACUGUGUGAUUUACGCUUUGCUAAAGGCAGUCUAUUAAUGGAGCACAUUCAAAACGUCCACGCCUAUGAACAAUAUCCGACUUUCCCGUGUCCACACUGUCCGAAAACAUUUAUGCUGCCAUCGAGACUGGCAACUCACAAGCUCAUCCACUCGGAUAGACAUGUCUGUACGCUAUGCGGUGCUCGUCAUGCCGAAAGAAAGAAGCUUCAGUACCACAUGGAUCUCAAGCACCCGGAUGGUCGCGUGUACGCCUGUACCGUUUGCUCUAAAACAUUUACAAGUUUACACCAGCUCAAUCUGCACAUUCCCGUUCACACCAAAGGAUUGCUAUUCAAGUGUGAAUUCUGCUCGAAAUCGUUCAUGCGAAAGUGUCAGCUAGUGAUUCACAUACGAACUCACACAGGGGAAAAACCACAUCAAUGUGAUAAAUGUUCGAAGCGUUUCAAAGACGACGGAACUUUUAGUAAGCAUAAGAAAAAAUGCAAAUCACUUGGAAGCACAGUUGUGGAACCGGAAUAUCUAAAAGAUGAGUCCAUUCUUAGCUAGUUUGAAUACAUUUCACCAAUUCACGACUGGAGUUUUCAAAAGGCACAGCACCUGGAAAGCAACGUGUCUGCGACAAAAAUCUCCAUGAAACUUCCAUUGCACUCAGUGCGUUCUUUCCGUCCCACGUUUGAGAAUUUUGUGUGGUUUGUUUUGUUUUGUUCACUUUUUCGCAAUAACAAGAAGCAGGCAAAAAAACAACAAUCAUAAAAACAAGUGGUACGAACUACUAGUAAUCAAUUUAGGUUAUC